GAGCAGCGGGAGGGGGAGAGCAGCAGGAGUGGGAGGGGGAAGAGGAGCAGCAGCAGCGGGAGUGGGAAGAGGAGCAGCAGCAGAAGUGGGAGCAGCAGCAGCAGCAGCAGGAGUGGGAGGAGCAGCAGCAGCAGAAGUGGGAGGAGCAGCAGCAGCACGGGAGGGAGAGGGGGAGGCAGGAGUGGUGGAGUGGUGCGGGGUCAGCAGCAGCAACUAAUGCACAAACAACAAGGAGCAGCGCCAGCUGCUCGCAGCAGCAGCUGCUGCUGCUGCAGCAGCUGCUGCUGCUGCUGCUGCUGCUGCUGCUUACUGAUGUAUUUGCGCAGCAAAGCCUCGAUGUGCUUCGGGCCGUACUUGCCCUUCAAGACCAGCUGCCCAUCGCCGGCUAUGGAGCCCUCAGUGCCUAA